UAGAAUCUUAUCUUAGUAUCUAGACUAGGAGGAGUACUGGAUCUCUUAUUAUCUAAGUUGUUGAAAAGAAAUUAAAAUUAAUGUGAGAUGUUUAAAAUCAAAGAGUGGUGCACAGUUGCUGUCAGCAGGAGUUUUUCCGCUGUCCAAGAUCUUGUAAUUGGCAACAAACAAAUAGAAAUCGCAGACAAAAUAAAUGGAAAAAAAGAAGUCACAAAUACUGAACAGGAAGCUUUGAAAGGGGAGUUAACCUUAAGUUUGGAUCGGCAUGUUUGUAUUCAGUGUCAUGAGCCCAGCUUCCGUUGUGUUGAAUUAAAUGGAACCAAUAUUGAUUUAAAGCCGUCUGGCAACAUAGAAAGCUUAGUAAUAGAGAAAAGGGAUGCAACGACACAGACCGUGUUUACUGCUCCAAUAUACAAUAGCGAUCUUCCAGAUCUGCUGAAUCCAGCAAAAGCUUUUGAUUCUCAUUCAACAGAUUCAGUCACUACUCCACCACCAGUUACCCUUCUCCCACCCCCACCUCCACCCCCGCCUCCACCACCACCACCACCCUUACCUGUCUCUUUAAAGAUUGCAGCUGUUGAGCAAAGUGCCUCCAGGAGAAAAGUAGUGAAAAAAAGAAAGUCAGGUAUUGUGUCUGUCAUACCUGAAAUUACAGAAGAAGCUCUAAAGAAAGUGAGGUUGAAAAAACCAGAGGAACGCAUAUUGAAAUCACAACCAAGUGUUGAAGAGAACUCUCCAAAGGUAUUUGGUCAGCCUUUAAUUACCAAAGAAACACUCCAAAAAAUAAGCCUUCGCAAAGCUUCUCAGAAUACUAGCCGUUCUCCUCACAGACGACGCUCUAGUACUAAAGAAAACACUGACUGUGGACAUGCUGAAGCUAUUAAUGUUCAACAGUUUUUGAAGCGAACUCGACUGAACAGAAGUCCAGGAGGGACACCUUUGCCAACUAAAAGGUCAAGACACCCUGGCGAUGGUGGAACUCCUAAGCAAAGAACUGCAAUGGACUGAAGAUUGAUUUAUUUUUUAAUUAUGUUUCUAGAUGCAUAUUUUGUUAUGAGAAAUAUGUUAUUUACAGACUUGUUACCUUUCAAAUAACUUAAUGUACUGUUCUCAAAAAGAAUUGUUUAAUUAGGCAAUACUAUUAUAAAUUAGGAAAACUAAUAGAUAAAAUAUGAUGUCAAGCUUAAUGCUUAAUUUUAAUAUCCAAGAAUAUAAUAUUGCUUCAUUUCAUAAAAAAACAUUCAUACAACCUUACAUUAUUGAUAGCUAUUAAAUACUUAAAUUUUAAUUUACUCCAUCCCAUUGUAUCUUAUUUUUAUGUCUGCAUCUUUUCUGUCUGAUUCUCUACCAAAAGGUUAAGUUUUUAAAUAUAUUUUAGAUCUUGUCAUGUAACAGUGAUUCUUGUUUUGUCAGGCCAGAUGUUCUUUUUUUUUUUUUUUAAGUUUGUAAUAUUUUAUUUUUAAGUAAUCUAAAUAUCAUAUUAAUGUUUUGUAUCAUUUGAAUGUUAGGCAUUGAUACCAAUGACAGUGAUUUAUCUUUAAAAAAAAUUCUUAGGUUAUCUGGGAAAAUGUUUUUACAAGGUUAAUUAUUUUUAAACUUUUUUUUUUUUAAUGUAGAUCUAUACAAAUGUUAAAUGAAAAAAAAAAUGAAGAGAUUUAGCAAUCAAAUGUUUUAAGACCUACAUUUUAACAUUCAAAAAUUAUAUUCCUUUUUUUUAAGCUUUUUCUUUUUAAAUUUUAAAUAAGUUGUACAAAUUAUUAGAUGAUCAGACUUUUUUGACAAUUUAUUUGGUCAUCAUAUUUAGAAUAUACUUUGUAAAUAAAUUAACAAUUUUUUAAAAUUUCACUCUCUAAAGAUAUUCAUAAUUUUAAAAAUUCAUUUUUCACAUUUCAAUCUUUGUCUUUAUUAGUACAAUUAUGAAUCAAACAACAUUUUUAUCAAGGAUGAAAUGAUCAGUGGUUCAGAAUCAAGCAUUUCAAAAUAGUAUGUUUUCUUGAGCUUAAGAUGAUGUACACAAGAGGCCUGUUUUGCUGAUACAAUGUUUCUGCAUUUUGACUUAUAAAACUUUCAAAGACAUCUCUUUUAUUUAUAUUCCUUUGUUCAAUGAGACUUUUUCAAACUUUUUGCAUUGCAAUUAAUUAACAUUAAUUUCAUGACAGAGGGAAAUCAUAUUACUUUUAUAUACUAUAGAUUUAAAAAAAAAAAAUUAAACAAAAAACAGCGAUAGCAAAAAGGCAUUUCGACUUGUUCUAGCUGGGUUUUGUAGAGUAAGCAUUUUACUGUGAGUGUGUGUGUAUGCUGAGUUUCUGAAGCUAAAUUAUUAUUUAUAUACAUCAUGAUCAUGGCUUGUCUUUCAUUUACUCUCAACUUUCAUUUAAAUAAUGAAUCUUCAAGUUAAAGAAAUAAAAGUAUGACUUUUGUUUUUAUUCCUUGUCA